GUCAAAAUCAGUACGUAUUAAAUUUUCGUAGAUACCUAGCUAAACUUCGAUAAUUUAUCAAAAUGUCUGAUAUCAGCGAUAUAGAAGAAUUACCAUCGACUCCUCCACACAUAUCGGAGAAAGCAGAAAAUGCAGUUCAAAAUAUUUUACCCCAAAAAUCUAAGAAAGUGUACGAAAAACUUUAUCAACGGUUUAUGGACUGGAGAAAUACAAAUAAUAUUUCGACAUUCUCCGAAAAUGUUUUAAUUGCUUAUUUUCAAGAAUUGAUGGAAACUAUGAAAUCAUCUAGUACAUGGACACAUUAUUCAAUAAUAAAAACGUUGGUAAAUAUAAACCAUAAUAUAAACAUUUCUAAAUAUAAGAAACUACAAGCUUUAUUAAAGCGAAAGUCCGAAGGAUAUGUUGGAAAAAAAGCAAAAAUAUUUUCACCUGAACAAAUAAAAACGUUUAUCGACGAAGCACCCGAUGAACGGUUUUUAUUUUUAAAAGUAGCAAUGAUUUUUGGAAUAAUGGGAGCAUGUCGAAGGCAUGAACUACAUGACCUAAAAUGUGAAAAUGUCAAAGAUAUGAAUGGAAUCUUAAUUGUUAAUGUGAUAGAAACUAAAACAAAAGUACAACGAACAUUUACAAUUACCGGCAAAUACUACGAAAUUAGUAAAAAAUAUAUGAAUCUACGGCCUAAAAUUUGCCCCACCCCAUCUUUUUUCGUUAAUUAUUUAAAUGGAAAAUGCACAAUUCAAAACAUUGGUAUUAAUAAAUUUGGUGAUAUAGGGAAGAAAAUAGCAACAUAUUUAAAUCUGCCUGAUCCGAAUUUAUAUACAGGGCAUUGUUUUCGUAGGACAUCUGCAACCGUAUUAGUAGAUGCCGGUGGUGAUAUUACUACAUUAAAACGCCAUGGUGGCUGGAAAUCCAAUUCAGUGGCAGAAGGCUACAUUGAAAAUUCGGUUCAGAAUAAAAUCAGCAUUUCCAAUACAAUAUUGAACUCUAUUGAGACUAGCAAUAAUGAAAUAAAUGUAAAUAUUCCUUCCACUUCCAGAUCAGUGGGACCUGGAAUAAACUUUUCAAACUGCACAAUAAAUAAUCUUAAUAUUUUUAAGAAAUCGGAUUAAUUACAAUUAUUAUAUGUUGAAUAUAAAUACAAAUAAAAUGUUUAUAGUUUUCUUGUAUCUAUGGCAAUACCAAUACCCGAGGUAUUAAUUACAAUUUUGU